CAAUAUGUCAAAAUUUUAUAGUAUUGUGCAGCCUUGGACGAAUAUGAUGAUUUAUUACAAAUGAUUUGCCAUUAUUUCAACCUAAGAAGUGUAGGAUUGCCUGGUUUCUAAGUCCCCGCUGCCCUUAGGAAAAGCAGUAGUAUCUUUUCUCUGGGUUUACACCCUUUUAAGUCAUGAACCGUUGCAUGAUAACUGCUUCUUUCCAAAGAAAACCUGUUUGAAAUCAAGGCCAGGGUUAAUGGAUUCCACCUUUUUUGUGCGCCACGGACAAACUACAACUUUCCUCUCCCCAAACACAGCAGCUGGAAUAAAGUAAACAACAGUUGUCGUGACCAACGUUGUUCACUGUCAAUCCUUGCUCCAUCAUAACGUCAGAGUGGUAACUGGGGCACACUUUCUCCAAUAUCGUAAAAUAAGUUCCUGAAGAAAGUGAUGUAAUUUCACCAUUGAAAGUUUAUCUGCACCUCCUGCCAUUUUAUUUUUUUUCUUACCACUUAAAAUUGCCCACUAUGAUGAAAAUGGACAUUUAAAUCAACUAUGACAACUACGACUGAGCUAAUAUGCGCUGGCAUGGAAUGCUCUAAGAUACACUGUUGAGUGAAAACAAGCAAGUUACAGGCAACAUGCCAUAACGUCACCUCACUUACACUGCGUGUUUUCUGAAGACACACAUGUUCCCGUGAACGCAGGGGCCAGGUCUGGAAGGACACACGACGACAGAACAGCAGCUGUGACCUCUGGGGACAGGUUACAGGGAGUCCAGCUCCAUCUGCGGUGUUUCCAUUUCUGCAAAGAGAAUGGAUUAGUUAUGUCAUUGGAGUAACUAAAAGUUAAUUUUUAAAAACAGCCGUAAAAAUACUACUGGGCACCUACUACUUCAGGCUGGCAAGGGCUAGUCUGUUCCUGAAACAUCAUCGUGUUGACCUUUACUUAUUGAUUACGGAUUUUUUUAUGUCACAUCUGCUCAAAAGUCCACUUGGCUCCACAUGGCCUUGCGAGUAACAUCCAGCUUCUUAGCCUGACCCCAGCCAAGGCCCUCCAGUUCUCCACGCCACCAUCCUCCCACAGCUCCCGAAGCACCUGGGGGAGGCCCACUGCCAGGCCUUUGGUUACGCGGUUCCCACACCCAGAAUGUUCUCUCUCUACCCAAGUCCUCCUCACGGCUCGAUGCUCGGCCGUGACCUCUCCUCCUCUGUGGUCCAAACUCUACAGUCCUGGGCCCCCGUUUGGCCCUCAGCCCCGAGUUCAGCCUUUCUCCCAAGAUCACCGAGAACGCUGACGCCGCCUCUAACCUGGAAUUACUGCUGAGGAGUGACGGCUUUUACUCUAAAACUUCAUACGUCACAGUUUGUACGAGGAGACUGUAUCAGCAGUUCUGUGAGUAGAUGCUCUAAUUAUGAGGCCUGUUUUAUAGAGAAGCUCAGGCUUAGAAAGGUUCAGGGCCCCGCCCCAGGACACACAGCUAGUUGGUGGUGGAGCUGCUCACGAGAUAGCAGCCUGACACCCGUCUCUCCCCCAAGGCUGAAACCUCACAAAAGCACAGACCACGACCAGCUUGUUCAGCCUGGUGAGCCUGACACUUACCACCGGCUAAGUAUUUAAAUAUUAAACAAAUAAUAAAAAGAAUAAUGCCUACAAGCAUCUGGAAACGAAAGUGCCUUCUUUAUAAAACGACAGCAGCAAGCGUUUCGCCACUUGCCAGGCCACACGAGGCGGUUCCGUGGAUGUGCCCUUAGUGCCAGCACCACCCCCGGUGGUCUGUUAUGUCAUUACUGCUAUGAGGAUGAGGAAGCCUGAGCCUCAGAGGAAUCGAGUGACUUGCCCAAGGUCUCACAGCACACAAAGAGGGUCUGACUCAGCCCUGCUUGGGGGGUCCACCUUCCCCCAUCAUCACCCACUGCACCCCAUUCCUCUUCUCCAGGAUGCUCUGUUUUCCAGGGACUGUCAUUAACUGUGUGCAGUGUGAUGACUUUCUCAGUGUCACUCAGCAAAUCAGCAAGUGCGGUUCCAGGGGACCCUGGAAGGUUCACGUGUGUCCCCUCCUCCCCGUGGCCAGCACUGUGGCCGGGUUCCCCGCGGCUGGCCUUGGAGGCCUCCCCAGCAAACGUGCAGGCCCUGGGUGGAAGUCACUGGGCACAGCCCCCCGGGGGCGGGUGAUGAGAGAGGCGGCCGCUCUUCCCAGGGGUCCAUGAGUCACUUGAGGGACAGCCCAGCCCCUCCAGACCAUGCCACUGUCCACGGUCCUCUGGCUCCUGGGCACUCACCCUGAGCGGGCGGGGCAGGGGGUGGGACAGGGUGAGAAGCUCAGCAGCUCCAUCCAGAUGCGAAUCGAAUCGUCCUCACACACUUACCGAGGGGUCAGAAUCCACACCUCCGCAAAUGGGCCCCCUUUCCCAGGGCCCCCCAGCCCAGACCCUCCCUGGCUCUGUGGGUUUUGACACCUCUCCGUCACCUGGUGGGGGGCCCCCUUGCACCUCGGGCCCGAUAAAAGCUCAGGCCGGAGCUGGCGGGCGGGCAGCCUCCCAGAGCCGCAGCCGGCCAUGGCCCAGUCCCCUCCUCUGCAGACCCUCCUCGGCCAGGAUCGCUGGCUCUCGCCCCAGGGCUGGGGCUGGGCCGGCCACGCCGACUGCACGUCCCCGGCCUCCUCCUCCGACUCGUCGGGCUCGUGCCCUUGCGACGGCGCCCGCGGCCGCCCGCAGCCCGCGCCCCCAGCCCGCGCAGCCCGCGCAGCCCGCGCCGCAGAGGCCGCCCCGACGGCGCCCGCACGAGCACGGCCCGGAGCCGCCGGCGGCCCGCGGCAGAGCGCCAGCGAGCGCGAGAAGCUGCGCAUGCGCACCCUCGCCCGCGCGCUGCACGAGCUGCGCCGCUUCCUGCCGCCAGCGGUGGCGCCCGCCGGCCAGAGCCUCACCAAGAUCGAGACGCUGCGCCUGGCCAUCCGCUACAUCGGCCACCUGUCGGCCGUGCUGGGCCUCAGCGAGGACAGCCUGCGGCGCCGGUGCCCGCGGCCCAGCGCCUCGCCGCGCCCUCGGGGCUGCCCGCUCUGCCCCGACGGCGGCCCCGCGCAGGUGCAGACGCAGACGCAGACGCGCGGCCCGGGCCUGGGCUCCACAGCCGGCGCCGCGGUGUCCUGGGGCUCCCCGCCCGCCGGCCCCGGGGCCCCGGCGGCACCCGAGCUCCUGGGGAACAGGAUCCCCGAUAUGGGUCCCUGGGUGACACCCCCUUACUGCGCUGGGAUGCAGUCGCCCCCGCAACUGUCUCAAGGGAGAGCCCCCGACGCGGCCCUUUGGACGCCGCCCCAGGUCUGCUCGGGAGCACGGACGGGCCCAGAGCCCAGGAGCCAGGCUACGUACUGGACGCCGCCCCCCGCGGCCCCGGAGCUGGCUGCGGGGUACCAGGGUAUCUCUCUGUCUCUGGAGGCCUGUCUGUUGCCAGAAACUCUGCCCCGCCCAGCAUGCCAGAGACUCCAGCCUCAGACCCAGCACGGAUGCUGGAGCCACAGUGCAGAGGUGCUGGCUCACUUGGAGGACCUGGGCCCGGGCCCCGCCUUCUGCCUCAGUGAUGACAGCCCUCCCCAGAGCUCAGGCCUGCAGCUCAGUGGCUGCCCUGAACUUUGGCAGGAAGAGCUGGAGGGGGCCCACCUGGGCAUCCUCUCCUAACGGCCUGGCCUGCCCCUUCUCAGCCAGGAGUCAGGCCUGAGGUGUGGGGCGCCCUCCUCACUGCCUACCUCAGUGGUUUUCCAGCUUGCCUUUGGCCAAGGCUCCUUUUCUACGUGAUGUCUGAUGGAAGAAGUGAUUGAAACAGGUCGUGGGUGGCCUCCCGGCUGGAGUCAGGGCUGGAGCAGUGCCCGCCACUCCAGACUCCCCCAGAACGACGGAUGCUCUGCAGAACACAGCCUGAGCUGCAGUGACAUAGUGGCUGCUUGACCGAGAAGUGGCCGGGCUGGACUGGGAGGGGAGCGGGUUCAGGGUGGGGGUAGGGCAGACGCUGAUAUGCUUUGAUUUUGUACUUGAAAACAGAACACCAAAAA